GGACUACCGCGGACUCCUGAACCGCCAUGUCCCGCGCACCUCUGCAGCUCCAGGCGCCGCACCGCGCCGGGCUGGCAGCGGAGAACGGGCUGGAGGAGAGAGAGGGGAGAGAGGGGAGAGAGGGGAGAGAGGGGGAGGAAGAAGAAGAAGAAGAAGAGAGAGAGGGGGAGGAAGAAGAAGAAGAAGAAGAAGAAGAUCUGGACGACGAGCUGGACGCUUCCCAGCUGGAGAGGUUUAUGAAAGACAGGAGGAGAGCGAAGUCUCUGCCCGCGUGCCCGGCCGCGCUGCUGCUCGGAGUGUCCGCGUGUCCCCACGAGAGGAAGCGCGUGAAGUUCGCCGACUCCAUGGGGCUGAACCUGGCCAGCGUCAAGCACUUCAGCUCGCUGGAGGAGCCGCGGAUCCCGAGUAAAGUCCUGUCCCGUCACAACAGCUUCCCGCAGCCGGACUUCCUUUCCGACCUGUGCCACAGCUUCAGGUCCAGCAGCCUGCUGGACGCGGACCGGCUGGUCGCGUGCUUCCCGGAGCCCCGGGACGCGGAGCUCCGAGUGCAGCGGCUCCGCGUGUGUCUGGAGAAAGUCGCCAUCACGCGGUUCGACGUGCGCGGGCAGAUCCGGGUCUUAUCCGGCGGCGUCUACGCUGGCACAGAAGUCGGCGUGAGGUACACCUUCAACGACUGGCUCUCCCACGUGGACGCGCAGGCUCUGCCCGUGGCCGCGGAGCCGCCCCCGGGCUUGGUGGGAAAGCGUUUCAGCUUCACCUUGUACACGCCGCCCUUCAUGGGGCCCGGCGCGGCCGUGCACCUGGCCGUGUACCUGCGGAGCGACGAGGGGGAGUUCUGGGACAACAACGAGGGGCAGAACUACAGCUUCCAGUACCGCUGCAUGGCCGGCACCACAACGUUUGGCAGCGCCACUUUCUCCACCUGAACUGGGCGUAAAAAAAGCUGUGAAUCUGUGCGUAAAAGCUUUACAUGUGUGCGUAAAACCUUGAAAUCCGUGCGUAAAAACUUAAAAGUCUGUGCGUUAAAGCUUUAAUAAACUCUUCUGCAGUUUGCAUUAUAUGAAGUCACUGUUAAAAAUGUAAACCGUGGCGCGGCCUCGAGCUCCGUGGGAGCGUGCGCCCCAUGUAGGCUGAAUCCUUUGCAGCGGCGCAGGUUCAAGUCCGACCUGCUGCUGCCCUUUGCUGCGUGUCAUCCCCCAUUUCAUGUAUAUCCACUGUCCAUACUUAAUAAAGGGAAAAAAAAUAAUCUUUACAAAAAAAGUAAACUGUGGCUGUAAUGACUUCA